ACCUCCCGCACUCUAUCCAAGUAGGUUUUUGUCUUGGACGUGGUCGAAAAUGGGAAGGCCCGGGAGUUUGCUUUUGCUUUUUAUUCUGCAGUUUCUCACAGGAACCACCACAGGGAUAGAAGUCACCGGCUGUGAUGUGUGUCAUGAUGAAGCCAUGUGCCUGGAGUCAGGAGACAGAGGAGACACCUUUGCCCAUCAGUUCCCCUCUUGUGUCUGUAAAGAUGGCUUUGUAGGUGAUGGUCUCACCUGCUACGAUGUGACACGCUGCAGUGACUCAUCGUGCUGUAGCCAAGGAUAUCACUGGUCAUCCGACAGUGGCUGUGUAGACAUCGAUGAGUGCUCACUCCCAGAGUCACCAUGUGCACCAGAUCAAGUUUGCCAUAACACACUAGGCUCUUUCGACUGCCUGGUACCUUCCCCCGCCUCCAGAUCUCGCCUCUCUUCCCAAUCUGUCCAGUUUAGAUGUGGAAACACCGUUUGCCCUUUCGGCAUGGACUGCAUCAGCAAUAAUGGGACUGCCCGCUGUGCUGACCCUUGUCAGAACUACACUGCACUGCACGACGAGUGGCGCUCAACAAGUUAUAGAGAACCCGACAACCGCUGUGAUCGAGAUGUUAACUGGCAAGGCUGGUAUCGCUUCUUUCUGGGGUCAAACAGCGCUCAAAUUCCCCAGACAUGUGUACACUAUGGAUGUGGAACUGCUGCUCCAAUGUGGAUGAAAGAAGCUCAUCCCACAACGCCCGGUGAAAUUGUAAACCGUGAAGUUGGAACUCACUGUGUAGACUGCGGCCGUUCGCCGACCUUCAUCCAUGUCAAGCGCUGCUCUGGAAACUACUACGUUUACAAACUUGUGAAGCCAGUCUCAUGCAGUUAUGCCUACUGUACAGAGGUGAGCAGAUCUGUGGCCACUCAGUUCAGAACCAACACAAAUGGAGGCACCUAUGUUCCAGUGGAUCAGACCAAGGAGGAACAGACCUCCACCAAGGAAACAAGGCUAGAAGUCACCGGCUGUGAUGCGUGUCAUGAUGAAGCCAUGUGCCUGGAGUCAGGAGACAGAGGAGACACCUUUGCCCAUCAGUUCCCCUCUUGUGUCUGUAAAGAUGGCUUUGUAGGUGAUGGUCUCACCUGCUACGAUGUGACACGCUGCAGUGACUCAUCGUGCUGUAGCCAAGGAUAUCACUGGUCAUCCGACAGUGGCUGUGUAGACAUCGAUGAGUGCUCACUCCCAGAGUCACCAUGUGCACCAGAUCAAGUUUGCCAUAACACACUAGGCUCUUUCGACUGCCUGGUACCUUCCCCCGCCUCCAGAUCUCGCCUCUCUUCCCAAUCUGUCCAGUUUAGAUGUGGAAACACCGUUUGCCCUUUCGGCAUGGACUGCAUCAGCAAUAAUGGGACUGCCCGCUGUGCUGACCCUUGUCAGAACUACACUGCACUGCACGACGAGUGGCGCUCAACAAAUGCAAAUAGCGGCAACCGCUGUGAUCGAGAUGUUAACUGGCAAGGCUGGUAUCGCUUCUUUCUGAGUUCAAACAGUGCUCAAAUUCCCCAGACAUGUGGACACCAUGGAUGUGGAACUGCUGCUCCAAUGUGGAUGAAAGAAGCUCAUCCCACAACGCCCGGUGAAAUUGUAAACCGUGAAGUUGGAUCUAUGUGUUCAUACUGUAGUUCACCGACCUUCAUCCAUGUCAAGCUCUGCUACAGAAACUACUACGUUUACAAACUUGUGAAACCAGUCUCAUGCAAUUAUGCCUACUGUACAGAGGUGAGCAGAAUUGACAUUUCUUCAACCACGUCUGAACCAGCAUCACUCACUCAGUUCAGCACCCAGACAAGUGGAAACACAACAAGUGUCCAUACACCGGCAACAACAGUGAACAACAUCACAACAGCUGAGGGACAGGUCCGCCUGGUGAACGGAAGAAACAGCUCCUGCUCUGGCAGAGUAGAGAUCUUCCUGCGUGGACAGUGGGGGACAGUGUGUGAUGAUAUCUGGGACCUGGUGGAUGCUCAGGUGGUUUGUAGACAGCUGGGAUGUGGCAGGGUCCUGUCAGCACCAACAAAUGCACGUUUUGGACAGGGACAAGGACCUAUCUGGUUGGACGAUGUCAGAUGCACAGGCAACGAGACAAAGCUCACAGAGUGCCCCCACCGAGGGAUUGGAUCUCACGACUGUAAUCACAGAGAGGACGCUGGUGUGGUCUGUGAAGCUGCUACACCAGUGAGGCUGGUCAACUCUGACAACCGCUGCUCUGGCAGAGUGGAGCUCUUCUAUAAUGGACAGUGGGGGACAGUGUGUGAUGAUUACUGGGACCUGAACGAUGCUAACGUGGUGUGCAGACAGCUGGACUGUGGCAGGGCUCGUUCAGCACUGCAGAGCGCAGCCUUUGGACAAGGCACUGGACCCAUCUGGCUGGACGAUGUCAGUUGUUCAGGAAGGGAACCGUCCAUAACACACUGCAGACAUCGAGGGUUUGGGGUCCACAACUGUGGUCACAGUGAAGAUGCAAGUGUUGUUUGUGAAUUAGAACGGCCUCCAGCCACAAAUGAACAGCUUAUUUGUGGCGCUGAUAAAAUCCAAAUCGGACUGAAUAUGGCUGCCACCACAUCCAUUGGUUUGGACCCACUCUCUGGAAAUCUGGCAGUCCGUAACUGUUCCUGGGUCAGAGUGCGUGAUAAUGUAGUUUGGUAUGAAGUGGAGGCUCGGGCAGGUGCCUGUGGAAACACAAUGAGGACCAACCGCACACAUGUUAUCUACUCCAACAAUUUGUUUAUGUACCCAUCAAACGGAUCCUUUGCCCAAUCUGUGAGACUUCCAGUCUCCUGUACAUAUCCCCUGGAAACAGAUACCAGUAUGAAUGUGGCUAUCAGACCCUUCCUGCAGGCAGGAGUUGGCCUCUCAGGCACUGGUGCCAAAGUCAGAAGCUCCAUGUCUCUGUUCCGCAACUCCAACUUCAGUGAGCCUUAUCCAGCAGGUCUCAUCUCUCUUCCGGUGGGCUCACCUCUGUACGUGGGCGUCUCUGUGGACGAUCGAAGCUUUGCAGUGGUUCUGGAGGACUGCUUCGCCACUCACUCAUCAAACCCCAACAAUUCCACAAAAUACUUUCUCAUCCGGAACAAGUGUCCCACUGACCAGCGGCUGGUGAUGGUGGUUGAGAAUGGGUCAUCCCACCAGGCUCGUUUCUCUACCCUGUUGUUCCUGACCCAGGGUGAAUACCGACAUGUUUAUCUUCACUGCAGCCUCAGUCUGUGUGACCAGAGUAACUCCCGCUGUGCCCCAUACUGCAGAAGUAGGACACAGCGCUCUGUUUCCAGCUCGUCUCCUCUGCAACCCAUCACCAUUGGACCAAUCGCUUGGGACAAAUCGUCUGAGUGAGCUGAUAUUUUGUAAUAGAAUUAUUUUACUUAUGCAUAAAUAGCAAAUGUUUUACUUUGAUUAAAAAUUAUCUUACUGUGAAUGAUUAAGUCUAAACACAUUAUGUGUAUUAGUGAAAAAAACAUUCAAAUUAAGGUGCCAACACUUUUCUUCUGCUGGGUUUUUUGCUCCGUGUGCUUCUAAAUUGCUCCUUUAGGAACAAAUAAAGUUCUUUUUAACUCAA